AUGGAGGUGGCCAACACGAGCAGGGUUGUGGUAGAGCUGACGGAGACUCGGAGCUGGCCGGUGGGUGAGGGCCGAAGUGCGUCGUGCCUGUACGUGGUGGUGGUGGACGGCGAGGUGGCAACCGAUGCGCUGGCGACGCAGGUGGGGACGAGCAAGUACGUGCUGGCUUCCAAGCUGGAGCAAAGCAAAGCGCACCGGAUUGAGCUCUUCAAGCGGAGUGAGGCCGAUUACAACGCGCCGGUGAGCGCCCCGUCUCCGGUGACGCUCGAGCGCAUAGGGCUGGAUCGGGAGCGGGCGGCGGCUGCUGAUCGUGGGCGACUCGAUCACGUGCGGGUACGGGUGCUGGAGACCGGGCCGUGCACGCCCAACAUUGAGAUCGAGUCGGCAUGGGAGACAUACUGGCGGCGGAUGUGCACUCGGUUCGGCGCUCAGUGCAUGGUGCUGGCGUGGUCGGGCCGCGGGCUGGUGACAAACUACCACGCAACCGAGGGGGCGCUCGUGCCACAGCUUGCGAACCGGACGCUGGCGUCAGUGGCCGGCUCGGACUAUCGUGGCUGGCGUGAGUGGAUUCCGGACGGCAUCUUUGUCAAUCUCGGGACAAACGACUAUUGCUGCGGCCACGCGCCGGACGCCGUCGAUUUUGCGCGUGGCUACCUCGACUUUGCCCAGCGACUGGCUGGCAAGUAUGGCGUUGGACCGAGCGCGAUGCCGUUCUUUUUGGGCGUCGGCCCAAUGACGAUGGCAUACAACCAGUCUGUGCAUUUAGCGGCGGAGAUGAUGGCGAGCGCCGGCUUUGAUCGUGUCCACGUUGUGAAGCAGGCGCUGCUGACGCCAGCGGAGACCGGAUGCCAUGGUCAUCCAAACGUGGUGGGGCACGCGCGGAUGGCGGACGAGAUCGGGAGCGUUGUGGGCCGGGUGCUUGGUUGGUGA